UAACAACACAUGCGGCGCAGUUGUGUUCUCUCUCGUUCCGCGAACGGUUGACGUGCGCUCGCACCGUUGACGAAGAAUACGCGCAAUAUUUCCACCCCAAAACGGGGAUGGGAGAAAGCGGGUUGAUGGGCGCCCCUUGCUGAAGAAAGAUUUUUCUGCCGCGUGAAUCAACAGUCGUCGUUGCGCGCGCUGUGAGCUCGAAAAGGGCCACGACAGUACGUGGUGGCUGAUACUUUCUUGCGUAGGACCCGAUUUUUACGUGUGUGGAAGGAAAGCAAAAGUGUCCCACGAGUGCAUUCAGUGAAUAUCGGAGAAAAAAGGGGGAACGGUUUUGCCCUCGCAGGGCCCACCAUUAUCGGGGAGACCUUAGAAAUAAGCACCCCACUUUGGAGGUACACUACGAAAAUAGGCAAAACACGUUACACGCACCCAUACACAUUGAGCAGUGAGCGUGUGCGUGUGUGUGAUUUUGUUUGUGUUCAUGUGCGUGUUGUGUGUGUGAGUGUAUGUGGGGAGUUGCACUUGUGAAAUAUUCCUCAUCGCCGCUACAGCUUCACAUUGUUUUGGGGGCCACCACCAGUUCACGAGUAACACGCAGCAUAGCAGUGCGUUAAAGCUGCCAGACUGAGAAAGGGAAUCGGCUCACAAGCCUCGGCUGGCAGAAAAAAAGGGUGAUUUUCACAAUCCGGUAUACAGCAGAACACAGUGUCACCAAAUGUGUUUCACGUGUGGGAAUAUUACAAGCAAACACGUGAAUAAACGUGAAAGGUGAAAUUGCGCCAAAACAAACGGCGUGAAAAGUUUCAAACGAUCGUGCUACUACUAGCACGUGUGUGUGUAGUGUUUCAAAUUUUUACCUGGAAACCCGUGCUCCCUACACAGAUGGAUCCGAACAGCUUGCUGAGCAUGAAUUUAGCACUGAACGUGGCCCGGAAGUGUCGCAUCUGCGGGAUGGACAUCCUGGACCUAACGUGCGCCUUCCCGAUCUUUGGCAACGAUCGGUUGGACCAGAAAGUCGAACGCUAUCUUCAGCUUAAUAUACAAAUCGAUGAUCUCCUCCCGAAAUGUAUCUGUGGAUCCUGUUACCUGAAGCUCGAAAGCAUCGACCAAUUCUCGCUGAUGGCACACCGCACCGAGGAAGCGUUUCGCUCGUGGCUCGGCCGGCUGCGAGGUCUCAACUGUCCAGCCGAAACGGCGAAAAAUGUUAACGUUAUGUUACCCCUGUACCGACCCGAUCCGGAAAUUGUAGAUUCAAAGAAGGGAACGCUCCUAGGCCCACCGAAGAAUGUGCAGAAUGUGCCCACCCCAGUAACGGUCAUGCCUAAUCCACCGGCAAGUAGCAGCCCGCCGGAUAAGGGCAUCAUAUCGUACAGCGAUCUAAAGCUGGGCCUGCUGAUCAAGGACCAGGAACUGCUGAAGCUGAUCCUGAAGGCACUCAAGUGGGCGGAAAACGAUCGGCGAGCAUCGUUUGAGGUGUUGAUACAGCGGCUCAAAAAUUCUAGCUUUCGUGAGAUUCUUUCGAACCGUAACUUGCUCAAUGACAGCGAUCUUACGCAGCUGCUGAAGUCGUACAUAGGCCAGGGUGUGAUGAACAGUUUCGCUUCGGCACCAACCGGUGCGGUACCUCUGAACAACAAUGUUCCACCGGCGGUUCUACUUCCACCGAAUGCGAUGGAUCAACCUAAUCAACCGAACGAAUUCUUCGCGGAACCGAGUAAAGUGAAGCUUAUAAAUCAAGCUCCUACAAAUGCUGUGGGGUUUGUACCACCACCAGCUGGAACUGUUGGAACUGGGGUAAUUAACGUGAAUGAGUACAGGAUCGAUGAAGCCAACGUGACACAGAUGGAGGUAGGAGUAGAUCCUGACCUGUACCUACCGUACGAAGACGAGGAUAGUUGCAGUGCAACGAAGUUUGAGGCACGACUAGACGAUCGUCAGGAGAAUACGGUCACCAUAAAGCUUGUUACAACGAACGUGGCUGGAGAUAUGAUCGAGAACAAGAGAAUGAUUCCAGCCAUCCUGAACGUGCGGAGUAACAAACGCUUCCAAUGCAGUGCAUGUCCGGAGUGCUUCGAAACGAACGGUGAGCUUCAGCAGCACAUCGUGCGUCGCCAUCUGCCUAGAACGAACCGUACGGUGAUGACCGAGCAAGGAAAACCGGCCAUCAAAAUCCGAGUCCGGAAGACCAAACUGACACCAGCUUCGAUAUCUCCCAAAGAAGCUUCACCGACAACAACAUCCGCUUGCUCCGUACCAUCACCCCCAAUGCCACUAGAGAGCAGUGGAUCGUCAGCCUCACCUUCACCGAUUAAAAUUGUGCCGCUAAAAAUUCCGGCUUCAACCACCAUUACCGUUGUUCCGGCCGUGCCAAGCCAAGUGCACCCGAUCAAACCCGUUGAAAAAGAACAGAAACUGGCAAGCAGCACAUCGAUCGAACGGAUGAUACCACCACCGCCACCCAUAGUAUCUCCACCAAAGGACGAUCCAUUAGUUCGCAAAUCGAAGCGGAAAUCUUCGGUCAAGCCCGACGUCACCUCGCUGCUACAAGCGGAAAGGCAGAAAAAACGAAAGGCACAGAAGGACGAGCAACCACCGCCGGCAUCACAGCCAAAGUCUUCACGCAAAGCCAGCGCAUCACACUUUUGCACCCUUUGCCGGAAGAAGCUAGCGGCUCGGGAAAGCUUGCGCGAUCACAUGCAGCAGGAACAUUCGCGCUACGAGUGUGAAAAGUGUGAUCGAUCGUUCAAGAGUGCGCUCAACCUGAACCGUCAUCAGCAGUACCAUGCCAGUGUGUCCGCCACAGCAUUGAUCACGCAGUCGAAGACCACCGCACAACGAACGACCGGCCAGAGCCAACCUGAGGAGGAGCCAACGUACAAAUGCAGUUACUGUGAGAAAGCAUUUAAAAGAAACCAUCAUUUGAAGCUCCAUCUAAAACAUCACGCAAAGGAGUCAGCAGCGGAGCGUGUGGUGGAGGAGAAGCCACCGGCCACCGCCGGAAGUACCGGUUUGCGCAAACGAGCGAAACAUAGCCACAACAGUGCCAUUAGCAGCGUGCUACAGGUCAGCGAUACCACCACCACCACCAGCACCCGAACGCGGAAGAUGGUUGAGGCGUCCAAACGGAAAAGUACAAUAAAUAGAAGAGUUAGAUUUUCUUGCUAGAUUAAGGCUAGAUUACUGCUUCGCUAUAGAUGCAGGUGCUUUUGUGUAGUUUAAAUGUUGUUAAGAUCAUCGUUGUGUUGCGUACAAAGCGUUUGCUUUUAUUGUUUGAUAUAUGUGUAAGGGAAAUAUUUUACGAAAUAAAAUUUGAGGGUGAAUUAAUGUCGUUAAAA